AAAGAGAGAGAUUUCGUGGUUGUAUCACUUUGUAUGCUAAAUUGCUUAUAUAUGUAUGCGUGUGUGUAGUAAAUUGGUUGGGUUUUGUAUUGUGUUCCGCACCGGCUCCUUGUUGUUCUCUUCGUCUUCUUGCAGAGUUUGAUAGUUUUCUCGAGAGAAAAAAAAAGGUGAUGUUUAGGUGAUGAAAGGAGCUGCAACAACGGUGGAAUUUUGGUGAUUGAUUUGUUCGUUGAUCGAUUGAAAAGAGAAGAUGAGACGAGGGGCGAAUGGAGAGAUGAGAAGUGCCAGCGACGCUCUGGAGACCAUCAACGCCGCUGCAACUGCGAUCGCUUCGGCUGAGAAUCGUGCGUCUCAAGCUUCGGUUCAGGUGCAGAAGAGAAGAUGGGCUAGCUGUUUUAGCAUAUAUUGGUGUUUUGGAUCUCAAAAGCAGCAGAACAAACGAAUUGUACAUGCAGUCUUUGAUCCUGAAACAGCAGCUCCUAGAGAAGAUCGUCUCCAUUCAGUUGAUAAUCCAACUCGAACCUCAACCUCUAUAAUGCUUCCUUUUGUUGCACCUCCCUCCUCUCCUGCAUCUUUCCUCCAGUCAGAGCCUCCUUCUGCAACUCAAUCCCCAGCUGGUGUGAUAUCAUUUUCUUCCAUGUCUGCCAACAUAUACUCCCCUGGUGGGCCUAAUUCAAUUUUUGCGAUUGGACCAUAUGCUCAUGAGACUCAGCUAGUUUCUCCCCCAGUUUUUUCAACAUUCACCACAGAACCUUCUACAGCUCCCUUUACUCCUCCUCCUGAGUCGGUGCACUUAACCACACCUUCUUCACCUGAGGUGCCAUUUGCUAAGCUUCUUGAUCCUAACCUUCAAAAUGUUGGUGCCCGUAAUAUGUUUCCCCUUUCUCCUCAUGAAUUUCAGUCUUAUCAACUACAACCUGGAAGCCCAAUUAGUCGUUUGCUUUCUCCUGGCUCAGCAAUUUCUGGUUCAGGGACCUCAUCACCUUUCCCUGACCGUGAGUUUGGUGUAGGAGAUCCAUAUUUCCUCGAGUUUAGAACUGGUGACCCUCCUAAGCUGUUAAACCUUGAGAAGAUAGCCCCACAUGAAUGGGGAUCACGACAGCGUUCUGGUACUUUGACACCAGAUCGGAUGGGCACUAGAUCUCAUGAUAAUUUCAAUAUUAAUCAUCAAAGCUCUGAUGUAACUCCUCUUUCAAGUUCAUAUAAUAGGUGGAAGAAUGAUGACACAGUACUUAAUCACAGAGUUUCAUUUGAGGUUACUGCAGAAGAUUUUCUCAGGUGCAUGGAAAAGAAGCCAGGAUUGUUGUCCAAGGCUGGAUUUGCGCCUCUUGAGAAAGGGAAAUCUACUGCCAAAGGAGAAGGAUGCACUCCUGAAACUAAAAUUGGUCACGAUUGUUUUGCAGUCGAGUCCUCAGGAGAAAGCUUCGAAAGGGCUUCUGCAAAUGGAGAGGAUAGAAAGCAGCACCAUCCGAACCAGUCUAUCACUCUCGGAUCUUCAGAGGAAUUCAACUUUGACAACAUAAACGAUGAACUCUCUGACAAGCCUAGUGUUGCUGGCUCCGACUGGUGGGCCAACGAGAAGGAUCUCGGUCAAGGUUCCAGUCCUUGCCAGAAGUGGUCUUUCUUCCCGAUGAUACAGCCAGGGAUAAGCUAAUCCACGCAUCAGGCAAGUAAACACUAAACAGCAUUUCUCUUGAAAGAUUUGAAACACAGCAGCUUUCAGCUAAAUAGACAGGUAGUGAUAACAAAGCCAUGAAAAUGGAAUAUGAAGUAUAUCAUUUGAAGGCGGUUUUUGGAGCACUUCCUGACAUUAGAAAAAGGAUAAAUAGGUAUGCAUUUUGGUUUUAUAGCAUGGAUAAAGUAGUUUUUCUUCUCCUGCGUGAGAAGCAGAUUGACUCAUAGUAUUAGAGAUACUUGCUUUUGACCUUUCAAUUGUGUAAUAUAAAUAAUACAUAGAUUUAUGACAGUUAUUAGGAUAAAAUUCAGGUUCCUUUUUCCUAUGAAGACUGUUAGAAACUUGUUGAUA